AUGCUAGUAGAAAUUGAUUGGUCAAGGAGGCUUGGUGAUGCUCUUUGGGCUUACCAAACUGAAUACAAGACCCCCAUAGUGGUACAGAGACUUAACGGGUUUAUUAAGGUUGAUGAGUCUCGCCGAAGAGUAUAUGAAAGUUCAGCCAUCUACAAAGAGAAGAUGGAUAAUUACCAUGACCAAAAUAUUGAGAAGCACGAAUCUGCGGUUGGGGACUUGGUGCUUCUAUUUAACUCUAGGAUGCGCUUGUUUCCGGGCAAACUCAAGUCCAAAUUGACUGGGCCAUUCUUAAUAACUAAAGCGUUCCCACAUGUAGCGGUUAAGUUUUGGAACAAAGAUAGUGCAAGGUUUACGGUUAAUGGGCAAAUAAUCAAGACAUAUCUAGGGCAUUUAGAGAGUGUCCAUGAAGUUGUUGAAGUAUAUCUCUUAGAUGAAGUUUGA